AGAGGAGGAGGAAGAGGAGGCAACAGCAGCGGUAGUGGUGGAUGGAGAGGAGGAGGAAGCGGAAGCAGCAGUGGCGGUAGUGGUGGAUGGAGAGGAGGUGGAGGAUGGAGGAGUAGACCAUGGAGAGGAGGAUCUGCAGGGGGAGGAGGAAGGGGUGGAGGAGGGUGGAGAGGUGGAGGUGGAGGUGGUGUUGGCGGAGGAGGAUCAGGAAACCAUACUCUCAGCAGCCAGAGAGUCCUUUGUCAGUCUACUCUAGACGUAUUGUGUCCGUACAAAGGAUGGGCACUCUACUUCACAGAAGGCUUCAUAGAGAGUUCCCCUAGUGUGGAGAAGAUCAAAGUGUUUGAAAAAUAUUUCACUUCCAAGAUUCAACUGUAUGACAAGGAUGAGAUUGAGCGUCAGGGCAGUGUUCUGGUGGAUUAUGCAGACUUGACUGGAGACAAAACCGUGCGUGAAGCACUUCCUGAUCUGACCACAGAGCUGAAGGAACAGCCAGAGGUGAUGCUCAACUGUUUGGGAGUGGCCAUUCACCAGGUGUUAACUGUAGAUUUGGAGAAACAGGUUGCUGAACUGCAAGAGGAAGAGCUUCCUGUCGAUACACCAAUCAUCAACAUCCCUCACAUCAGCGCGAGGCUGUAUAACUACGAGCCGCUGACUGCGUUGCGGACGUUGCGUGCCAGUGUGUUUGGACGGCUGGUGUGUGUGAGGGGAACAGUGGUCAGAGUGAGCAACAUCAGACCUCUGUGUACCAGGAUGGCCUUCAGGUGUCUAGGCUGCUCACACACACAGUCUCUGCCACUACAGUACGGGAAAUACGCUACACCUACCAAGUGUAGCAAGCCUGACUGCCGCAGUCGUUCCUUCGCCCCCAGCCGCAGUUCCCCUCUUACUCACACUGUAGACUGGCAGAUCAUCAAGGUGCAGGAGUUGAUGGGCGGAGAGCAGAGGGAGACUGGCCGAAUCCCGCGCAGCGUCGAGUGUCACCUGACCGCCGACCUCUGUGACAGCAGCGUCCCUGGAGACGCAGUCACUGUGACGGGGAUAGUUAGAGUUACCAACGAUGGUACAAAAAGUACUAGUUCCCGGGGUAAUAAGGAUCAGUGUAUGUUCCUCCUCUACCUUGAAGCCACUUCAGUCAGCAACAGUAAAGGUCAGCGGUCCAAGUCAGGUCAGGGGUCAAGAGGGUCACUUGAAGAUCGUUCUGGAGGGGAGGAGUUCAGUCUGAAGGAGCUGUAUGCCAUCCAGGAGAUCCAGUCACAACCUGACCUGCUGAGGCUUAUAGUACAGUCUUUGUGUCCUGUCAUCUACGGCCACCUGCUGGUGAAAGCUGCUCUAUCCUUGGUGUUGUUUGGUGGCAGACAGAAACACACGGACAAGAACAGCGUCCCAGUCAGAGGAGACCCACACCUCCUGAUGGUGGGAGACCCUGGACUGGGAAAGAGUCAGAUGUUGCAGGCGGUGUGUAAUGUGGCUCCCAGAGGAAUCUAUGUAUGUGGCAACAGCACAAGCACCACAGGACUAACAGUGAGUUUAUCCCGAGAGGCAGGAACAGGGGAUUUUGCUCUAGAGGCCGGAGCCUUGGUGCUGGCUGACCAAGGUCUGUGCUGCAUUGAUGAGUUUGAUAAGUUGGGCCACCAGCAGCAGGCUCUGCUAGAAGCCAUGGAGCAGCAGUCUGUCAGUCUGGCGAAGGCUGGAAUAGUUUCAUCUCUGCCUGCCAGGACAUCAGUCGUGGCUGCUGCGAACCCCAUCGGAGGACAUUACAACAGAGGCAAGACUGUCUCUGAAAAUCUGAAAAUGGGCUCAGCGCUCCUCUCUCGAUUCGAUGUCGUCUUCCUGCUCCUGGACAUCCCAGACGAGUCACAUGAUCGCCACCUGUCAGAAUACGUCAUGGCAAACAGGGCAGGAAAAGGCAGAACCAGCAGUGCUGUAGUUACCAGGGCUAACAGUGAAUUAGAGACCUCCAUCCUACUAGAACACGCAGACAUGCCGCUGUCUGAACGUUUGCAGGUCCCUGCAGGUGAACCCAUAGACCCCAUCCCGGUAUCUUUGCUAAGGAAGUAUAUCAGCUACGCUCGUCAGUACGUCCAUCCCUCGCUCUCUCCUGAAGCAGCGAAGACACUUCAGGACUUCUACCUGAAGCUGCGAUCUCAGGCUCACUCUGCUGAUUCCACGCCCAUCACCACACGACAACUCGAGUCUUUAAUCAGACUAACUGAGGCAAGAGCCAGACUGGAGCUCAGAGAGACCGCUACCAACAGUGAUGCUGAAGAUGUGGUGGAGAUCAUGAAACACAGUCUGGCUGAUACAUAUUCAGAUGGUCUGGGCAAUCUGGACUUUGAGCGCUCUCAGCUUGGAGCAGGCAUGAGUCAGCGCGGCGCUGCAAAACGACUGGUCAACGCACUGCACAUGCACGCUCAGAAGACCAAUCAGACGCAGUUUGACCUGCAGAUGCUUCGAUCUGUGGCCAGCAGAGUGAACAUAAAGGUGAUGGAUUUUGAAGGUCUGGUGAGUUCCCUGAAUGAACAGGGUUUCCUGCUGAAGAAAGGAGCCAAGCUGUACCAGCUACAGACUGUCUGAUCACUUCAGACCUCACUACAAGGUCAGUGCUCAGGACAACUGAACAGGGUCUCUUUUUAUAGAAGAGGGGAAAAAACUUGAUGGGGGAACCCGUUAUCCAGACCACUUUCACCAAACCACCAACCAGCCAACGACUGUGUAACCUUCUGAAGAGACUGUAACAACCACAACAACUGACAGACGGGACAGAUCAACUACUGAAACCUCACAGAGGGCUUCUCUCUGCUGAACAUUACGGCAACCAGUUUCCCGAAUGAGCACAAACUUCCUUCUCUCACACAUCUCUGCUGCAUUUCUUUACACACAAAAAGCUUCCAACUAAACAUGGUAUUAUUUAUCCUACUUGUGAUUUGGCUGUACUUGCAUCAGUGAAGUGGGACUUAAAACAUUACUCAAUCUACUUCAACCAAAUAUAAUUUAGUACCACACCUCUUAAAUAUUGUAAUGUGCCAAAGAUCCCAUUAUCUAAGAUAUAAAAACUAUCUGGUUUUAGACUAGUUUACUCAGUCAGGUACGCUUUGCUUUCAAUGUACAUGUAUUUUUAGGGUACAUGAUGACUGUUUCAAACAACAAUUGUAGCUGAAUUUAGUUUUUCUAAUAUUUCAAAGUAAGGUUACAUUCGGUGUCUAAAACCUCCCUGUUGAGUUGUUUCAUACAUGUUGUUUAUCACACUAUUUGAAUACAGUUAAAAUGCACUAUAUUUUAGAAGUCACUGUUUAUUUUUAUGUACAUAAAAUGACCUGUAUAUAUUUAUGUAUAACUUCAUGGUGUUGUCUGAAUCAGAAGAUUAUUUAUUUUCAAAAUAAAAGCCUUGUUAACGAAA